CUGCAUCUACAUUUACUUUUAGCAUUGAGUUUGGUGACUCUUCCCACUUUUGCGUAAUGAAAGUUGGUGAGUUAUGACUCUUCCUCAACUCUUCCAAAGUAGCUUGGGUGUUCCAGAAUUCUUCGAAGGAGGCCUUAAAUUGAAUGGUGAUGCAAACCAGAAAUGCCUUGCAAAAUCACAGUGUUUGAAGAGGUGUUCUUCUGUCUCCUCUCCUGCCCAGCAUCUCUCACAAAUUGGUGGACAUUCAAUUCCUCUGCGCCUUAGGUUCUUCAUAGUUGGGAGGGAUUUAUGCAUCAGUCUCCACAGAAAAUUCAGUGUUCUUGGGGAGGCUUUAAUCUUCCAAAUCUGUUUCCAGGACGACGAUGCUGAAGAUUUACACGCUUCACUAGAUGUAUCUAAUGAGGAUGGAUUCACGAUGUAAAACUGAUGUAAGAUGAACUACUCUUUCCAAACCCUAAAGAGCUUUCGAGGUGUUGGGGAGAGAGGAGAAAAAAUAAUGGAAGGAAGAAUCUCUUCAUAGAAUUUGUUCAUUAUUAUUAUUGGAGCCACUUUGAUAUCCGAAUUGUAUUUUUUCAUUCCUUUUGGGAUAGGACCAUCAUGGCAAUUAGCAUGGCAAAUUUGUCAAAGUCAACAUUUGUUGGAGCUGGGAUAGAUCCUCUUCAUUGCUCAAAAACAUUGAGGUCAUCCAUUACUUAAUCUCAACCUUUCAUUUAUAG